AUUCCUGCUGGCAAAUUCAGUUAAAAGACCGGUAGACACAUUGUAUCCAUGGCGAAGGAUUUAAUAUCAAGUUUUAAAUAUCCCAAAACAUAGCUCCAAAAUUUUCUCUCGUCUCUCUUUUCUUCCUUGUCUAAAUUUUCUCUACAUUCAUUCCGCCAUUGUUCUUCCUCAAGUCAAGUGUUCAUUAACCAGAAGAGGACAGGCUCCGAUCACUGGUUUCAUUUGAUUCACACAAUUUUUCUCAUUGGAAAAUGGAGAUCGGAGCCCCUCGGAUCGGUUCAUGUUCCAAAGAACACCAAAAAAUUUAUAAAGAAUGGUUUGACGUAGCUGAUUCAGAUAAUGAUGGCCGCGUUACUGGAAAUAAUGCAAUAAAUUUUCUUUCUAUGUCAAAUUUAUCGCGACAAGAGCUCAAGCAGGUGUGGGCGAUUGCGGAUUCUAAGAGGCAGGGAUAUCUUGGUUUCAAAGAAUUUGUCAUUGCUAUGCAGCUGGUUUCGCUUGUACAAGAUGGCAAUGAACUAUCACAUGAUAUCUUGAAGGGUGAUGUGGACUUUGAGAAUGUCAAACCUCCUAAAAUGGAGGGUUUGGAUGAAUUAAUUCAGAAGAAGAAAAAUCCUUCUAAUUCAAGUAAACCUGAUAGCGAUGGUAAUUCUCCAAGACAAGCAUCAAUUACAACUCAAUGGUUUUCGUCAAAACCAUCAAAGAGGUACUUGUCCAAUGUGACUUCAAUCCAAGAUGGCUUAAAGAAAUUGUACACUCGAAAGUUGAAGCCAUUAGAAGUUACAUAUUGUUUUAAUGAUUUUGUAUCCCCAUUGUUGACGAACAGUGAUUUUGAUGCCAAGCCAAUGGUUAUGCUGUUGGGUCAGUAUUCCACUGGGAAAACAACCUUCAUUAAACACAUGCUUAAAUGCAGUUAUCCAGGAGCUCACAUUGGACCUGAACCUACGACUGACAGAUUUGUUGUUGUUAUGUCUGGAACUGAUGAAAGAAGUGUGCCAGGAAAUACCAUAGCUGUUCAUGCUGACAUGCCAUUCACUGGUCUCAACUCUUUUGGAACUGCAUUUUUGUCAAAGUUUGAGUGUUCUCAAAUGCCACAUCCCCUAUUGGAGCACAUAACAUUUGUAGAUACUCCAGGAGUAUUGUCAGGAGAAAAACAAAGAACACAAAGAGCCUAUGAUUUUACAGGUGUAACAGCAUGGUUUGCUGCAAAAUGUGAUCUUAUUCUUCUUCUGUUCGAUCCUCACAAGCUAGAUAUAAGUGAUGAAUUCAAGCGUGUUAUUUAUUCUUUGCGUGGUCACGACGACAAGAUUCGUGUCGUUUUGAACAAAGCCGACCAAGUUGAUACCCAACAAUUAAUGAGAAUUUAUGGAGCUUUAAUGUGGUCACUGGGGAAAGUCCUUAACACUCCUGAGGUUGUGCGUGUAUAUAUUGGAUCAUUCAAUGAGAAGCCUGUAAAUGAAGGUUUCACAGGUCCGAUAGGGAAAGCACUGUUCGAGAAAGAACAAGAAGACCUUCUUACUGACUUGAAAGACAUCCCAAAGAAGGCUUGUGAUCGACGAAUAAAUGAGUUUGUGAAACGUGCUAGAGCUGCGAAGAUACAUGCUUAUAUCGUUGGCCAUCUUAAGAAGGAAAUGCCUACUUUUAUAGGGAAAGCUAAGACUCAACAUAGACUUACUGAUAAUUUGGAAGAAGAAUUUGUAAAAGUUCAAAGAGAUUAUCACUUACCUCCAGGGGAUUUCCCAGAUGUGGAAAAUUUUAAGGAGGUACUGAGAGGUUACAGCUUUGACAGAUUUGAGAAGCUAAAGCCAAAAAUGAUACAAGAUGUUGAUGAAAUGUUGGGUUAUGACAUCCCAAAUUUGUUGAAGACAUUAAGGAACCCUUAUGAUUAAUUAAUUUAAUUAAUGGCCCCCCCAUACUCUUUGAUUCAUCAAAUCUUCACUCAAUUCUUUUUUUAAUCAACAAACAACAACAGAUAGUUCCAAUACUCUCUCCAAUUUAUUGUAAAUCCAUUUCUAAGAAAGGAAGAAACAACAUUUUAGA